AUCAACCGCGGGCAGUGAACAAUUGCUAGAGGAGAAAAGGCAACUGGUGUAAUCUGAUUACCAUACACUGUAACAAUGGGCAGCCCCGCACGCCCCUGCAUUGUUUACCUGGGUACCGUACAGUAAUGUACAGGAAUAUGCUUUUCGAUGCAUUCCGAUAGUUGUCAUCUUAUUAUCCGACAGUUUUUCUCUCUCGAAUGUGCAGCUUCUCGCUUAGUAUGGGUCGACUGACGACGAGAUUAUAUCUAAUUCUCCAGAACUGAAUUGAAUUGAGGGGGCUACUAGAAAGGAAGCUUUAACGCGCAGGCUCAGCAACAUGGAUUCGAGUUAUAAAGCUCGAAAAGAGGCAUUCGUGUCUAAUCUCGCAGGUGGAAGCAUCCUGGAGAUCAACGCCGUCACCCUCGUUGCUCCUGCCUCAGUUCUUCUCUGGUCGGUACUCCAGUCUCGUCUUUCCUUCUUCAAUCCCUAUGGUGCGCCGGCAUUAGUCACCGACUUCUUCCUGAACGUGUUGUCCAUUCUCUUUGCAACUACACUCUAUUCAUCUGCGCCAUGGACCCUAAAUAUCCUCCUAGCCCUUCCAGCUCUCAUACUACUCUUCACUUCGACGCCUACCCGCACGCAACAGAAAGCUAAACCUCCGCGCCCAUCAGCUGCAGCCAAGACGAAUGCCCCAAAUCAUGCAUCUAACUCGUUCGAACCAUUGCCCGUUCACCCGUUUCUCACAACAUAUCGUGCCGCCAUGAUGGUCAUCACAUGCGUUGCUAUCUUAGCGGUUGACUUUCGCAUCUUCCCUCGGCGGUUCGCGAAGGCUGAGAACUGGGGCACAUCUCUCAUGGAUCUUGGAGUUGGAUCGUUUGUAUUUUCGAGCGGGGUGGUCUCUGCUCGUUCAAUUCUUAAAGGUCGGAACAGCCAUUCUAAGAAGGUUGCCCUGUGGCAGAGGUUGACAACCUCCACACGACACUCAAUCCCUUUGCUCGUACUUGGGUUGAUCCGGUUAUACAGCGUCAAAGGUCUCGACUAUGCAGAACAUGUAACAGAAUACGGAGUGCACUGGAACUUCUUCUUCACAUUGGGUCUCCUGCCCCCAUUUGUGGAAAUCUUCGACGCCCUAGCUACAAUCAUUCCAUCCUACGAGAUCCUGUCCCUGGGUAUUGCGGUCCUGUAUCAGGUAGCCCUGGAAUCAACAGAUCUCAAGGGCUACAUUCUUGUCUCUCCCCGUGGGCCGGAUCUACUUUCUAAAAAUCGGGAAGGUGUUUUCUCCUUUCUGGGAUACCUUGCAAUCUUCCUUGCUGGGCGUGCGAUUGGCAUCAGAAUCAUCCCACGCGGAACGUCGCCGUCACGGUCGCCUCAACAAGCCAGGAAGAGUGUGCUUAUUAGUCUGGGACUGCAAUCUCUGGUUUGGACCACACUUUUCGCAUUUAAUUCCACGUAUGCGAUGGGUUUUGGGGCCAACAUCCCAGUUUCGCGCCGUCUGGCUAACAUGCCUUAUGUGCUCUGGGUGUCCGCCUUCAACAAUGCUCAACUCUUCCUUUUCUGCCUCCUCGAGAGUACGUUUUUUCCCUCCAUCCACCGGGAAACUGGGAAGGACGGCGAGCUUGAACGGACUUCAUUUGCGACAAGCCGCAUCAUGUCAGCUUUCAACAAGAACGGACUAGCAUUGUUUCUCGUAGCAAAUCUCCUCACGGGGGCUGUGAAUUUGAGCGUCCCCACACUCGACGUCACCACUGCGCAUGCCAUGGCGGUCUUGAUCGCAUAUGUGGCCAUCAUAACUGGUGUCGCAUUGGCACUGGACAGAGCUAACAUCAAGCUCAGCCUGUGAAAGCAUAGAAUUGCCUAUAUAAUAAUUGUGUAGAAUAAUCAUGGACAAAUAUGUACAAGUACGAACUUUAAACUUUAAAUAAAUAAAUCAAUGGAGUCGAUCGGUGAUCUUUAUGAUGUGA